AUGUAGAGAAAAAAAUAAUCGAGUGAAAGAGAGGAAGGUAAGAUGUAGAGAGAGAGAGAGAGAAAGAGAGAGAGAAAGAGAGAGAGAGAGUAUUUUAUAUGUGUGAUUAGUUAUUUGUUUAUCAACAAGCGUAAUCUCUAUGUUAUUAUUGAUAUCUACCUUCUAUAUGAAUCAAUAGUUGGAAAGGAAGGGGCUAGAGUCAACACCAACAAUACAACAGCGAACGUAGCAUAUUUCUGGAAUAUUCUAAACAACAACAACAACAUCUUUGGCGUCUACAACAACAACAACGUCAUCAUCAACAACAACCUAAAGACACCUCCUGCUAACAACAACACAUCAACCAACAUACAACCAGCCAGACAGACAGACAGACAGACAGACAGACAGACAGACAGACAGACAAACAGACAAACAACCAACUAACCAACAAACCAAGACAAUGUGUUCCAUGAGAUACGAGGGGUUCGCCACAAUGUACAUGCGGAUGCCUAUGUCCUCCUCCACACUUCCGGUUCAGGGUUCCUGUACUGUAGAAGACAAACGGAUAACCCUCAAAUUCCCAUUCACGGGAAUCGAGUUUGAUCUUCCAAGUUCUCCAAAAGAAUCCCAAAAUGAUUUCGACUUUAAGAUUAGAGGCGCCAGAGGUGACAUGACAAUGACGAUGGGAUACGUUCCGGAGUUGAAGGCCUACACGGGAGUUGGGAAGCAGGAAGAAGAUGAUAUGCCUGUUCUUACUUUUUGCUUUUUUCCUCCUGAAAGUCCCUUGUCUCGUCUGCCCCGCAUCUAAUUGGUGGGGUGUCGGAUGGAGGUCAUCAUCGGUCGGCUGUGAUUGGCUGAUGGGGUGUAGUGUUGUUGUUGUUGCUGCUGUUGAUGUUGCUGCUGAUGUAACGAUGGCGUUUCUUAUGAAAUGACGUCAUAGUGAUGUCACAGUAAAUAGCAAGAUGUGGAUUUUUGAUCUUAUGGCGUCCGAAUGAUAAAUAUUUCGAGAAAUUUAAUUUUUUCAAUUAACGAACUUAAUUUUUAUUUAUUUUCAUAUAUAUGUGUUUGGUUAUUAAUACUUGUAUUAAUUGACGUUUAGUAGUUGAAAUAAUUAUAAUUGUUAUCAUAAUAAAUAUAAUUAAUAAUAAUAAUAAUUAUUAUUAUUAUUAUUAUAAAUUAAAUAAUACUAUUCGGUGAAGGAUUCAUCACCAUUAUUCUAUGUCUGAUUACUAUGUAUUUCUUAAUUGAACCCGAUUGCAUUACUAUGAUUUAAUGCUUUUAGUAAAUGAAAUAAACAUAAGCAAAUAUGUUAAUAUUAUGAAUAAUUAUGUUAAUGUUAUGAAUGAUUAUGUUAAUAUAAUGAAUAAUUAUGUUAAUGUUAUGAAUAAUUACGUUAAUAUUAUGAAUAAUUAUGUUAAUAUCAUGAAGAAUUAUGUUAAUGUUAUGAAAUAAUUAUGUUAAUAUUAUGGCUAGUUAUGAUAGUAUUAUGAACAAUUACGAUGAUAAUAUAGUAGUAGUAUGAUUAUUAUUGAUGGCCUCAUUCGGAUACAUCGCUACUCUGCGAUGGAGUUAAUGAUGUUGUAGUUGAUUUAUUUUUAAAGUCGUGCUGGAUGAUUGGUUGAUAAAUUUUCUCAUUCAUUCA